UGACGUAACAAACGGAAAGGCGGAUGAUGCUAUGAAUAUGAAGAUAAAAUGGACAGUUAGCCGUUAAUGCACGCCAAAUGCAAAGAUGAAAUUAUUGACAGUAGUUGUCAUCACCAUAUCAUGGGGCUUCUUAUAUGGCAAGUCUAUUAAAGAAGCUUCAAAAGGAGGUCACCAAUGUGAAUACAAUGAAAAGAAAUAUUCGGAAGGGGAGGAAAUAAUAGCCACAAGACGUAUGUGUUUGACAUGCAACUGUUCAAAAGAUUUUUAUGAACCUAAUAAUGUCGUUUGUGAUGUUAUUGAAUGUAAAAACAUCGGACCUUUAGAAAGAGGAUGCAUGCCUAUUUAUAAUGACAUUGAUUGCUGCCCUGUUGAUUGGAAUUGUGAUGAAGCCAAGUCAUUGCAGUUAAAGUGUGAGAAACGUUUUCUAAAACACUAUGAAGUAAAGGGCUGUACACCAGUACCAGACAGUGGUUCAGACUGUCCGGUGCGUUACAAUUGUCCAGAUAAAAAACAAGAGGUCAAUAACACAGUAUGUCUUUACAAAGGACGAUCCUAUAAAAAGGACGAGGAAAUUGACAUUGGAAAUUCGUGCGAAAUAUGCACCUGUCAGCGAAGUUACUCGACUGAUGGACUGGAAAUUCAUUGUGUAUCGAUUGAAUGUCCGGAGUUAUUUAGCCCACCUUUGAACGACAGUUGCCACCGAAUCUAUGAUGCCGGGAAAUGCUGCCCCGUAAGAACUCAAUGUACAGAAGAUGAAAUCACUCAAAAAUCCGAAAAAGUUUGUGAAUACGAUGGAAAGAUUUUCAAAUAUGGAGAAAGAAUCUACCCAAAUGAAGAUCCUUGCCUGAGCUGUGUUUGCAACGAACAGUGGACCGGUAUCCAUGGAAACAGCUGCAAAGUGCACGAAUGUGCUUUGGAAUUAAAACUCAAGCAACUACAGAGUGGGUGCAUUCCUAUUUAUCAUGAAGGCACAUGCUGUCCAAUCGAAUUUUACUGCGGAACUCCAGAAGAGGGUUUCAAAAAUGUGACUGUACCUUUGGUGAAUAAAGAAGAUGAGAAAUCUGAAAACUUUUGCGUCUUUAGAGGGACUCACUACGGAGUUGGACAAACACUAGAAAUUAAUCAUCCAACUAACUGUGUUACAUGUACGUGUGCUACUCCUCCUGAUUUCACGUGCGUUCAUACAAGUUGCCCAAGACCACCGAAUGAUGAUUACGAGAACUGUGAAAUUGCUUACAUACAAGGAGAGUGUUGUCCUACCUAUAAUUGUAGGCAAGCAUCUGGUCCAGCAUUUGCAUCAGCACCAACGCCUCCUCCAAUGUGUUCUCCAGUGGUGUGUCCUACAGGCUGUUCUGAAGUGACGAUUCAUAACUCUUGUCCUUUCUGCAUGUGUCAAGAAAAGCUUUGCUCACCUCCCAAAUGCGAGGAUGGAUGUAUUGUGCAGAAAGAUGUGCCAGAAGGUCAAUGCCCUGGCUGUGAAUGUUCCGGAAGAAAUCCAGCCGCAUUAUUUUGUUCUCCUGUAUCAUGCAAGGGAGAUUGCUUUGAAGUAGUAGACCCCAGUGGUUGUCCAAUGUGCAUAUGUGGUCCUAUGUGCAGCCCUCCAAAAUGUCAACCUGGAUGCGAAGUCGUUAGAAAUGUUCCAAAAGGAGAAUGUCCUAAAUGUAAAUGUCCAGGCGAUGUCACUAAAACAGGUCAAGCGCAGUGUUCCCCUGUGCGAUGUCCAUCGGGAUGUACUGAAGUUGUUGGAGAAUCUGGUUGUCCAUCAUGUGACUGUCAACCUUUGUGUUCCCCACCAAAAUGUGAUCCCGGAUGUUACUUAAAUCCAUAUCCGACUGGACCUUGCCCAGAGUGUGUUUGCGAAGAUAAGGAAUCCGUUCCGCAACUUCUUUGUUCCCCAGUCAAGUGUGGGCCACUUUGCCAUGAAGCUUAUGACGGAGAAGGCUGUCCCACCUGCAUUUGUGAUCCCGUUUGCACACCACCUGUUUGUGAUAAAAAUUGUCAUUUGGAUUACAACUCAAAUACUGGACCAUGUCCUGUCUGCGUUUGCAAUAAAGAUCCCGUUUUAUGCCCAACUGUUUCAUGUGGUCACAUGUGUGAAAAGAAAUUAGGAGCCGAUGGCUGUCCGACAUGUUCUUGCGGACCGUUAUGUACUCCACCAAAAUGUGAGCCUGGUUGUCACCUCGAAUAUGACAGAGCUUCUGGACCUUGUCCAUCAUGCAUUUGCCCAGUAGCACAACUUCAAUGUGCACCCGUUAAAUGUGAUGAUAUGUGCUUAAUUGCGAUUGGUGAUAAUGGCUGCCCAACUUGCGUUUGCAACACUCAGUGUUCACUUCCGAAGUGUGAAGCUGGAUGUGAGCUACGAUACAAUGAGGAGAAUGGUUUAUGUCCAUCAUGUGUAUGCUCUUUUAAUAACGGCGUGCAGUGUGCUUCUCCUAAGUGUGGAUCUGGAUGUCAUAUAAAUUACGAAACAAAACCAUGCCCUAGUUGCUUUUGUAUUUCUCAAUUAGGUGUUCCAGUUGUUCAGUGUGCUCCACCAAAGUGUAGUCCAGGUUGUCAUAUUGAUUAUUCCACAAAACCUUGCCCAAGUUGUAAUUGCCCUCAAGUUCAACCUGCUAUUCAAUGCUCUACCCCUAAAUGCGAUGUCGGAUGUGAAAUCAAUUAUUCCACAAAACCUUGCCCUAGCUGCAGCUGUGAAGGCUCAAAUCAUCCUAUUGUUCAAUGUUCUCCCCCUAAAUGUGAUGCCGGCUGUCAAAUAAAUUAUUCCACAAGUCCUUGCCCUAGUUGUGUUUGCGGUGCUUCAAAUAUUCCACUUGUUCAGUGCUCUCCCCCGAAAUGUGAUGCCCCGUGUCAGAUUGAUUACAGCUCGAAACCUUGUCCCAGUUGCGUCUGUGGCAAUCAAAACAUUCCAUCCAUUCAGUGCUCUCCUCCGAAAUGCGAUGCUCCAUGUCAGAUCGAUUACAGCACGAAACCUUGUCCCAGUUGUGCCUGCGACAAUCAACACAUGCCAACGAUUCAGUGUUCUCCUCCUAAAUGCGAAUCAGGAUGUCAGAUAGAUUAUAAUGCCAGACCAUGUCCUAGUUGUGUUUGCGGAAAUCAGAACGGUCCAAUGAUUCAGUGUUCUCCUCCUAAAUGUAAUGCAGGAUGUCAAAUUGAUUACAAUUCUAGACCAUGUCCAAGCUGUGUUUGUGGAAACCAAAACAUUCCAAUUAUUCAUUGUUCUCCUCCUAAAUGUGAUACAGGAUGUCAAAUUGAUUAUAAUGCCAGACCAUGUCCCAUUUGUGUUUGUGGAAUUCAAGAUAAGCCUACUGUUCUUUGUUCACCUCCAAAGUGCGAGUCUGGUUGUCAUAUUGACUAUAACACUAAACCUUGUCCCAGUUGUAUUUGUGGAACAGCACCAAUUCUUCCACCUGUUCUGUGCUCACCUCCAAAAUGCGAAUCAGGCUGUCAUAUUGACUACAAUAGCAAACCUUGCCCAAGUUGUGUUUGCGGAACUGCACCAAUUCAGUGUUCUCCUCCUAAGUGUGAAUUAGGGUGCGAAGCAGAUUAUAAUGCUCAACCAUGUCCAACUUGUGUCUGCAAAGAACAGGUUGAUUCUACCUUGCAAUGCUCACCAGUGAAAUGUGACAUUGGUUGUGAAAUUGAUUACUCGACAAAACCAUGCCCAAGUUGUAAAUGCAGCUCUGAUUCUGCUUUACAAUGUUCACCCGUGAAAUGCGACGUUGGUUGUGAAACUGAAUAUUCAACAAAACCAUGCCCAAGCUGUAAAUGUGGUGUUCUGUGUAGUCCUAUAAGAUGUGGACCUGGUUGUCAAGUUAAUUAUAACUCCAGACCUUGUCCUAGCUGCAAAUGUGACACAUUCCGAAGACUUCAAUGUUCACCACUUAGAUGUCCUGUUGGAUGCCACACAGAUUAUACUAUACAACCAUGUCCUCGAUGUGCAUGUGACACAGACACUUCUGGAACGCCUGGCAUUCUCUGUUCUCCUCCUAAAUGUGAUGAACCGGGUUGUAGUUUGGACUUCUCAACUAAACCAUGUCCUAGUUGUAGAUGUGGUACUCAAGGAAUUUCUGAUAUUAUGUGCUCUCCUCCUAAAUGUGAUGCUGGUUGCACUAUUGACUACUCAUCUAAGCCAUGUCCAGGUUGCACGUGUGGAUCUUUGGGUCCUUCUGAUAUUUUGUGCUCUCCACCCAAAUGUGAUUCUGGUUGUGAUAUAAAUUAUUCAACAAAACCUUGCCCUAGCUGCGCUUGUCGAGAUCAAAGAACUCUUCCUACUCUCCAGUGUUCCCCGCCGAAAUGUGACCCUGGUUGUCAAAUAGAUUAUAGUACAACACCAUGCCCAAGCUGCUCAUGUGAAUCCUCAAAUAUUCCAAAAAUUAUGUGCUCGCCGCCUAAAUGUGAUUUGCCAUGCAGAUUGGAUUAUUCUACUAAACCCUGCCCUAGUUGUAAAUGUGAAAAUGAACAAAAACCUUUUGGUGUUCGAUGUACAAUGCCGAAAUGUGACUCACCAUGUCAAAUUGAUUAUUCAACUCGUCCAUGUCCAAGCUGCAAUUGCAAUCCUGGAUUAGGUCCUCUUUGUUCUCCUGUAAAAUGUGAUCCAGGAUGUGAUGAAGUACCUGGGAACAAUGAAUGCCCUACAUGUCAAUGCCAGAGGACUUGUUCGAUUCCUAAGUGUGACGUAGGAUGUCGAGUCGAUUACAAUGCUGAACCAUGCCCUACUUGUGUUUGUGAUCGAUACCAAAGGAAGUAUUCUCCUUUGCUUUCGAAUCCUUACAGUGUUUUUGUAUCAGAUCCAGCUUGCCGUCAAACAAAAUGCGGCCCUGGCUGUGAAAUGGAACGGCAACCAAGUGGUACGGAGCGCUGCCCAAUGUGUCUUUGUAGUGGUAAGACAGGAGAGAAGAUUAAGUGUCUCGCAAUGCAUUGUGAACUGCCUUGUCGUUUUGAAAGGUUCAGCCCUUACGGAUGUCCAACUUGUAUUUGCCACCCUAUCCCCUGUCCACAAAUUAAAUGUGGACCUACAACUGUGGAAGAAAAACUUCCAGAAGAUAGAUGUCCUAAAUGUGUGCCAAAAGUCACCUAAGGUUCAUGAAGAAGAAAAAAACAUGCGUAAAUUUUUAAAUGGAGUUCAGCUUUUUAUAUCACUUUGAAGCAUCUGAAUGAGCAUAUAUUCAUUAUCAUUGAACUAUACAUGUUAUCGAGAGAGACUGACAAUUUAAAGAUCUGCUUCAGGCAAUGUUUGUUUUUGUGUAUUCAUCCUCAUUUAACUGUUAAUAAAUAAUUUUCAAAUAACUGCAA